AUGGGGGGGGGCAGCACCGCCCGCUCGGGGCGGUCCCAGCCCGCCGGGGGGGACUCGUGGGGGAUAAAAGCCGGGGCGGCGGCGGCGGGGCCGGGGGAGCCGGGCAGGAUGAGCGCGGCCCCGGGCACCUCCCGCGCCCCCCAGCCCCUGCUCCGCUUCCCCGAGGGGGCGGGCGGGCCGGGCGGCGGGCGGGCGGCGGGGGGAGGUGGCGGCCCGGGGCCGUGCCCCUGCCCCUGCCCGGGGGGGCCGCGGAAGCGGCGGCGGACCACGUUCAGCCGGGGGCAGCUGUCGGAGCUGGAGCGGGCCUUCGCCGCAGUGCCCUACCCAGACAUCGCCACCCGGGAGCGCCUAGCCGAGCUCACCCAGCUGCCCGAGGCCAAGAUUCAGGUCUGGUUCCAGAAUCGCCGCGCCCGCAGGAUCCGCAGCGCCAAACCGGAGCCUCCGCCGCUACCGCCGCUGCCGCCUCCCGGGGAGCGGGGUCCCCCAGCGGCACCCCCCGACGGCAGCACCCCGGGCCCGGCCCCUGCCCUGCCGCCGCCAGGAGCCCGCAGCCCCGCUCGGGGCCUCCCCACCUCGCUGGGCUCCAUCUCCGACCUCAUCUACAGCGCGGCCAUCACCAACCUGGGCGAGCUGUAGCCGUGGUGGGGACCCCCUGGGCACUGGGGACCCCCAUGGUAUUGCGGCCCCCACGGAUUAGCGCCACGAUUUCAUUAGGGUGUGGAAUUACUGCCGGUCCCGAAGGUCCCGAGGAUGUCAUCCAAUAUCCUAAAUGUCGGUGCGGCUGUGGCGGGGGCAGCUCCCCAUCAGCCCCCUAAUACCGACUAAUCUUUUGGAAAAAAAUACCUUAAUCUGGGGCCGUAUCCACGGAUGAUUGUGGCACGGCCGCCCCUAAUCCGCAGGCACGUUCGCAGGUGCCGGCAGAUCUCCCCGUAUCGGAUAUUAAACUGUGUUUCCACAGGGGCUUAUCUGCCAUCAGAGCAUUAAUCACCGUGUCCAGCCCUGGCAGGGUGCCCACCCGGCAGGUGUCCAGAUCUCCUGGGCCUGGCAGGGACAGCCUGGGUGCCCCCUCCCCACUGUGGCUGCACUAAGCUGGCUCUGCUCUCUGCUCCGUGACACCCAAAAAGGCCCCAGGAUGUGCAUUAAGGUGCAUCCCUUCCCUACCCCCAGAAGCUGGGUACCCUUUGGCAGAGGGUUGGGAGCACCAUGCACCCCUCGCUGCUCCAUCUACAGCUCCUGCUCCUCCCUGAGGCACCAAGAGCCACAGGGCCAUGGCUCAGGUCAUGCAGCUCCUGUGUGAGGACACUGAGCCGGGUGCUGACCCCAAAGUGGCUGCACCAGACUCUGUCAUCCUCCUGAACGGAUCUGUGUGGAUGGGGAAAGGGCUCGUCCCCAAACACCAGCUGGGUUGGGUGCUGCCAUCUGAGCCUCGAGAGAAUAACGGUUCCCAAAAGCAAGUGACAGAUCAGACAGAGCAGAGGGCAGGCAGAGGGGGGUUUUGACAUGGGAUGGAGCAGGAUGUGGAAUGCAGAGGGAAAGGAAAGAUUCACAGCUCCCUGUGGUGUCUUUCAGAUAUGUGUUCCAUGUACCAGCAGAUGUUCCCCAACAUGAAGGAAGAAGGUUACAAACACA